CCCUAGGGACAGCCACUAGGGACAGCUGCUGCAGGCAGAAGUUGUCCAUAGCAUCCGCGGUGACGAUGGCGCUGCGCUGGGGCAUCGUGUCAGCUGGCUUAAUCGCCAACGACUUUACAACCAUGCUGUGCUCACUGCCUCCCUCGGAACACCAGGUGGUAGCAGUGGCUGCGAGGGACCUGAACCGGGCGAAGGAGUUUGCCCAGAAACACGAUAUCCCCAAGGCAUAUGGCUCCUAUGAGGAGUUGGCAAAGGACCCAAACGUGGAGGUUGCCUACAUUGCCACACAGCACCCCCAGCACAAGCCAGCGGUGCUCCUCUGCCUGGCAGCGGGCAAGGCCGUCCUUUGCGAGAAACCCAUGGGUGUGAAUGCAGCCGAGGUCCGGGAGAUGGUUGCAGAGGCCCGUUCUCGGGGCAUCUUCCUUAUGGAGGCCAUCUGGAGCCGGUUUUUUCCUGCCAUGGAGGCUUUGCGGGAAGUUUUGGCCCAAGGAAUUAUCGGGGACGUACAAGUGGCCCGGGCAGAAAUGGGGAGAGAUAUAACUUUUUUGCCCCGGGCCACAGACUGGAGCCAGGCCGGCGGCGGCCUGCUGGACAUAGGCAUCUACUGCGUCCAGUUCCUCUCCAUGGUCUUUGGCGCGCUGAAGCCGGAGAAGAUUUCAGCCAUGGGAACCAUUCAUGAAACAGGUGUGGACAACACGGUCAGUGUGCUUCUGCAGUACCCAGGAGGGGUCCACGGCAGUUUCACCUGCAGCAUCACUUCCACCCUCCCCAACACGGCUUACGUGAGCGGCACCAAGGGCAUGGCCCAGAUAAGCAAAAUAUGGUGUCCAACAGAGCUGGUGGUGAACGACGAGCACCAAGAGUUCCCUCCGCCUGUCCUGGGGAAAGGGUACAACUUUUUAAACGGAUCAUGCCUGAGUUAUGAAGUCAACCACGUCCGCGAGUGCCUUCGUAAAGGUCUUAAGGAAAGUCCUAUAGUUCCUCUGGCAGAGAGUGAGCUCUUGGCUGAAAUCCUUGAGGAGGCGAGGAAGGCUAUUGGAGUCACCUUCCCCCAGGAUAAAUGCUGAUGCUACUCCUGGGUUGUACGUGGCAAGCGAUAAUUUUUCUACUUGGGACACACUAGCUUGACCCUCGUUGCUUUGGAGUUAUUUUUGCAAAGCAGCCUCCUAUAAGACAGCUUGCUUUUGUUUUUUUUUUAUGCCUCAAACUACUUUUUAUUUGCAACUACAUGAUUUCACGAAAUUCUAAUAAUCACAUAAAAUAGAUUUCCUUGUGUAUAAAUAACAUACUCUCCAUAACGUAAAUGCUCAAAGGUGCUAGAACACAUCACCCACUCCUACAAUGCUUUUGAAUCCAACAGAGUCGAUGCACAACAAAUAAAUACUUAAGUCCAAUAUUAAAAACUCAGGCAGUUGACUAACUUUAAUAAAGGUUCUCAAACUA